GUCGUUUAAGUUUGUGAACAUACACAAGAGCGAAAUACGUUAAAACCAUUUGUCGACCAAACUUGCUUGGGCUCUCGCGCGCACAGUGAUGUCGUCACAUACUAGCGUCGUCGAAAAGUGGUAUCUUAGCAACCACGUUCGGCGUGUCUGUCAUGGCGCCGCUGCUUUUAUUUUUGAUAAAUCUGAGCAAGUGACUAGGAAAUAACAUAUUAAUACAAAAAAGUCUGCUGGCGUUUUGUGUUUAUGACGGAUACACGAACUACACGAUGCCCCCCAAAAGGAGAGGACCUCUUCAAACGGUCCAAAGAGAGACGGACGACAUAAAACGAAAGGUAGAUUCGUUGGUCCAACAGGCUGCUAAACCAAGCAUAACAGACAAGACAGAUACCUUAGAAAGGUGCAAAGAGUUACAGCGUGCAGUGGUGGAAAUAUUGAAAACCCUGAAGAAAUUAUCUAAAGCAGAUGAGCCGGCUCCAGUGGGGAACUUUGAGCAGUGUAAAAAGGAAGAGGAGAGACGUUUGUUGACACUACAGGAGCGUCUACUGUCUCUAGUUCUUCAGCUACAGCCUCUGGAUGAAGCAGCUGGAACUAGUUCAUCUCAGACAGAACAGGAGAGCGAGGAGGAAGAAAGUGAUGAAGAUGGCAGCUCAGAGGACGAGAGUGCUGAAGAAGACAUACAGGAUGAUUAUGUUGAUGAGAGUGAUGAUGAUGAUGAGGAUACAGAUGCUUUAGAACAAGAACCUGUUUCAUACGUUGCUCUUAGUGCAUUUACAGGAGAGGAGGAGGGAGAUCUCAGUGUUCAGAAAGGAGCAGUUUUGAAAAUUCUUUCUAAGAAUAAAGAUGGAUGGUGGUUGGCUCAAAAUUCAGCUGGACAGAAGGGGCUGGUACCUAAAACUUUUCUAAAGCUGGUGUCUCAGCAGGAAAGUGAGAGAGAGAAUGACGAUGAGGAUGAGGAAGAGAGUGAGGAAGAGCAUGAGGAGUCUGACAGAAAAUCCAGCAAAACAUCCAAUUGGGAUACAGUGCGGAAGGCUGUUACUGAGAUAGAUGCCACUGAUGUGCUGGCAGCGAUGGGUGCCAUCCCUCCAGGCUUCAGACCCUCCACUCUCUCCAAACUUCUGGAGGAAGGGAUAUCUUACAGGGCAAGUCACUUCAUUCAACCUAAGCUUAGCCAAUCACAGCUCUCCUUUAAAGACCUACAUCUAGACCCAGAUACAGGCAAGGUUCAUGGGCGCCCAUCUAAAGUGAGUUUAACCCUAAAUCUGUGGAGCUGUAGAAUGAUACCUACUCCUGGGGUUGGGUUACAGGUGCUCAGCAGGCAUGUUCGUCUGUGUGCAUUUAAUGGAAGCCAGGUUUUGAGUAACAUUCAUACAGUCAGAGCCACUUACAACUCAAAGAGCCCAAAGUCCUGGAGCUUCUCUCCAAGGAUGGUUGGAAUGCUUCCCUGUCUUCUGGAUGGAGACUGUUUCCUGCGUUGCGAUUCUGAAACUCCUGAUCUCGGGAUUCUGUUUGAAUUGGGUGUAACCUACAUAAGAAAUUCCACAGGCGAGAAAGGAGAUCUUAGCUGCGGAUGGGCCUUCCUAAAACUGUUUGAAGAAAGUGGAGCUCCCAUCGCUCUACGGACACAAGAGCUCAUUAUUCAUGGGGGGACACCAUUUGAGAAAGACACUGAUUUGGAUGCCACAUCUACUAAGAGAGGCACAUCCACUGGUGUACUUCAGCAGAUGUUGCUGUCCAGGAAGCAGCCCAAACUCCUUGUAAAACUCAAAUCGGUGAACACACGCAGAAGAGAACUUCUGAAUCUGUUGCCAGACACUAUGGUUGGAAGUUUGUCCUUACUGCACUUACUGGCAAUAUACAGGCAAAUACUGGCUGAUGCUCUUUUACUGGACCGGGUCACAAUGCAGAGUGCAGAUCUGAUCUGCAGUGCGGUUCUAGCUUCCUUCCCCAAUGUUCUAGAUCAGCCGGACUUAAUGGAUGCAUUUAGGAAAUCAUGGACCGAAUCAGUGAGUAACCUGAAACGAUCUGAAAAGAGGGACAUUAAUGUGCUAAAGCAGUUGUUUGUCAGCGUAUAUAUGGGAAGUGUCUAUCCAUUGUUGUAUUGUGUGGAGAUGCCCACUCCCUGCUGGGCUGAUGAAGAGGUGGAGUCUCAACGUGCCCGAUUCAUCUACAGCCCUUCCCGAAAAAUCUCUGUAGGAACUAUGCUGACAUCUGAAUGCUCACAACAAGCCUUUGACAUCACACAGGUCACGUAUGACCUCAUCAGCAACGCCCAGCACUGACACAGUGUCACCUUCAUCAUGUAAACACCUCAUUAGCAGUGUAUCAGUUUACCUGUACCUGAUCGACCGGAUCAGAAACUGGUGUGCAAUCUUACAAAUCAGUUUUAAAAUCUAAGACAGCACUUCUUUGUUAAAAGAUUAGAUUUGAAUGUUUCAUCAUUCGUAUUUGUAUAUUUACAGCACAAAUAAAUAGUUGAACUAUUA